AUGUCACAAGAGAAUCCUCGAGCCACUUCGGGACAAGAGAAAGACCAAGAUGACACCACUCCCUCGGUCGUGAUCCCUGGUGGAAACAUAAUGCUCAUCGUUGGACAAAACGAGAUGGAGAUCCAGGCUGGAUCUGAGUUCUUGGGACACAUAUCCCCAUUCUUCCGAGCGAUGUUCUCGUCCAACAUGGAAGAAGGACAGGCUCUUCGCGACAACACUGGCCUUAACCCUGUCCCGAUCAAAUUACCAGUCGACGAUCCUGCAGCGGUGUACUUCGGCCUCCAAGCUUUGUACGGGGCGAAUCCCGAAUCAUUCAGAAUUCCAGCAAGAACUAUAAGAGACAUCAGCAUAUUCGCUGAUAAAUAUGACAUGACGACAAGAUUUCUCCCAAUGGCCACACUGUGGUUAGCUGCCGCACCCUCGACCAUGGACCUGUCCGAUCGCCAAGCGGGUUGGGAUCUCCUUAUAGCUUCGUACUGGUUCGGCCUGGCAAAGCCGUUCUACACGAUGAGCCAGUAUCUACUUCGAACAAACAUCUCACUUUUGGAGCAUGCACUGGAGCUCGAAGACCAGAACCUUGGACUGAGGUUGGCUUUGGCAAUUGAACAAGUCCGCCUAGCGAACGCUUAUCGCGGAGAUGAGAUAGGACUUUGCCUUGAUUGUUUCCGUACAGCACAGACUUGUUAUGUACAGAGACAGCCUGAGUGUCGGUAUGAAGGCCGGCACCUGUGGUAG